CACCAUCUCUUCUCUUACAAAUACCCUCUGCUUUUCAAUCCUCUCACUGCCCUUAACACCGAAAGAGGAAGAAACAGAAAUCAGAAAUCACUGAAAUCAUAGAUUUAACAGAUUUGGAAAUCGAGGUGUUUUUACUUUUGAAAAUGGAAGAAAACCCAGAAACAGCUUCACCACAACAAGCAAUUCCUCAAUCGUACUCUUUGUUUAUGAGAGUGAUGAGCAAAAGAAGAACAUGGGUAUGUUUAUUUGUUGUAGUUUAUGCUCUUCUUUUGUCAUCUUGUUGGAAUUUUCUUGUUUCUAUACUGUCAUGGUAUAAAUCUCAAGUGGAAGCUUCUUCUUCUUCUUCUUCUUCUUCUUCUUCUUCAUUUGGGUGGCCCGCGAUUUAUGCUUCUUUGCUUCUUGGGGGUGUUUUUGGGGUUCUUUCGAUGAUGGCUGCACUGGCUGUGAUGAUUCCAGCUACGCUUGUGACUUGGAUUGCCAUUGUUGUGUUGCUUUAUUUCUUUGGGAAGCCAAGGAGGAUGUUGGUGGUGGAAGGGAGGAAGAUUACUAAGGAGAUUUUUGGAGUCGUGGUUAAGAUUUUGUUGAAGGAAGGGAAUUUGGUAGCUGCUGUUUGUGCUGUUUUGGGAUACUUUGCACUUUUUAGGAAGACUAAUGAAAGUUAGAGAUACUGAAAUCCAGACUAAUUUUUGGAUUUUGAUGGUUAAUUUUGGUGGGAUGGAGGAAGAAUUUAGGGUUUUAGAUCAAAUGGGUAUUUGAGAUUUCUGAUGAGGGUUUGAUUUGGUAAAGUUUUUUUUUUUUUUUUUUCCAAUCAUACUUUUAGGAGAAGUAAUUCUAUGGGUUCUUCUGACAUUGUGUAAUGGUGGGUAUGAUGGAUUUGGGAAAUUAAUUGGGGUUUUAAUGGUUUAGAUCUUCCUUGUGACUGUAGGGUUGUUGGGUUUAUAUGAAUUAAAAACACUCCUCUCUUCUUUUUAGAUUGAGUUCUCCCCCAGAAAUGCUUCAUCAUGACUAGAGAUUUACAGUUCUCUUUUUUUCUGUAAUGAAUGAAAGAAAUCCAGGGAAUUUACUGGAAUUUUAAGAAGAGAUUUUGAUAGGGAUGAUUCAAAUUUCAUCGUUUGACUCAUUUUGAAAAUAAUAUUACAACUUUUUUCGUGUUCAUGCU